CACUGAAGUCGCUCCGACGAAAAGCAUCAUUAAUGUUCCGCUUUCCGGUUUCAGCUGCAUAGGAAAAGUAAAAAGUUUGUCAAGAAGUGUGUGAUAUAAAACAAAUGGAUUCGGGUGAUUAUAAAGAAGAUGGAACUACAAUUAGGAGAAGAAGCGCCAGAACUUCAUCUAAGACAGAUCCCACUAAUUUGGGUGCUGUACCACUGGAAAAACAACAAGAUGCCGUAAUGAGAAAUAAGAAUAGCCUGAAAUAUCAGAAUCAGAAUCCCACAACGGAGAAAGCCAAAACUGUAUACAGUGCUUAUCUUGAACCCAGACCCCAACUAAAAAGAAGCUGGAAAAUGAGGGAAGAUGAUGGUGCAUCCAGAACUGUCAAUGGAUCUAAAAAGUCCAAGAGCCUCGUGAAGGGGGAUGAUGAUGAAUCCCCUGUUAAGAAGAAAAAGCUUGAAGAGACAGAGAAGGCAAGAGAUAUAAAUGAGAGAGGUGAUGGAUUUAAACACACUGAUGAAGCAGAUGUGGAGAUGGGUGAGGAUGAAGAUCAGGAUCAAGAUAUGAACUCAGAUGAGGGGGCUGAGCAGGAGCAGGACAAUGAGCCCAGUUUGAAAGUGGAUUCCUCAGCCCAGCCUGGGACAGUAGAAAAGCAUUCUGCCUAUGCAUGUGGCGAAAAUCUGAGAAGUGAGGAGAUACUAGGCAGCCGAAUGUCCAUUCAUCAGAAACCUGUGGACCAUGAAAUACACAGACCUAAAACCCAAACAAAAAAUUACAGACAAAACACAACAUCUAGAGAUCCUUCUAAUUUGGGUGCUGUACCACUGGAAAAACAACAAGAUGCCUUAAUGAGAAAUAAGAAUAGCCUGAAAUAUCAGAAUCCCACAACGGAGAAAGCCAAAAAUGCCCCAUGUCCUGGUAACUGGAAAAGAUAUCAAUCUGCACCCCUGAUGAGCAAUGUCUACCCAACAAUUAAACAUCCCAUUACAAAACCAACCGCUCAUCACAAAAACAUAGAAUGGAAGAAUUUGCAGAAACCAGUCACCUCAAAAGGAAGUCCAGUCUCUUCCUCUCGAGGCUGGUUGUGGUACAGGAACAAGCUUCUUUGGUGUUCUCUGAUACUGACAGGAGUCCUGGCUUUGAGCUUCUUGGCGUAUCGGAUCUUUCUAUGCUUCCAUUUGCGUCAAACUGAUAUGUCCCAUUCUGAAACCAUAGAGAAAUUUGAUCUGGACUUAGCUGCUCUACAGACCCUUUUUCCCAGUCAGCGUUCAGUGUUCUGGAAGAGGAGUGGGAAACAUCUUAAGCGCCACCUGGAGAUGGUCAGCCCCACUGAACCGGUCAGUGUAAUUCUGACUGCUGGCCUUCAGGCUGAAAGGACGCUGGGCUGCCUUGCUCGAAGCUUAGCCACGGCGUACUCCACGUUCCGUAACGCUUCAAUCUUAGAAAUCAACGGGAUCACCAAAAAAGCAAAAGACAGUGAUCAGGUCAAGCUGGAGAUUGAUGAAGCGCUUAAGGAAGCGUUUGAAGGUGAUAAACCUGCAGCUGUUGUGCACCGUUUUGAGGAGCUCCCUCCUGGAUCUACGCUUAUAUUCUAUCGUUACUGUGACCAUGAGAAUGCAGCUUACAAAAAAGUUUUUCUUGUCUUCACUGUGAUGCUUUCGGUGCAUGAAAUAGACCCAGUGGCCAGUCUGAGUGCAGUUGAGGACAUGGUACAUGACCAUGUAAAACAGAAGUUUGUCUCCUCAGAUAAAUCUGCAAAGUUUAAUCAAAUGGACGUGGAUAAACUGAGCGGACUGUGGAGCAGAAUUUCUCAUGUCAUCCUGCCGGUGGCUGCAGAGGAGAAAAUUGAACAGCAGGGAUGUGGGUACUAACCUUAACAGAAAAUCGUAAGAUUAAAUCACUGUAUUGGGCUGGA